AUGUGCUCCCGUGGGUCGUGCCACAGUCGCGAGACCUCCUGCCACAGCUCCCGCUCCUCCUGCCAUGACUCAGGGCCCUCCUGCCAUUCCACCUUCCAGAGGGAACCCGUGCCCCAGUUCCCCUGCGUGACGCCGUGCUGCCCCCCCGUGCAGCGCUACUGCCCCCCCGUGCAGCCCUACUGCCCCCCUGUGCAGCCCUACUGCCCCCAGUACACCAAGAACAUCUGCAAGCUGCCGCCAAUGUACCCCAAGUACUAG